UUCGGCGCCACAGAAGCUAACAAGUUGUGCGAAGAUUUGUUUCAUUUGGCUCGCUACUGUUGUUAGCUGCGGUUCAUUGUCCGUUUAAGACCGCAAAACGUGUACAAUAGAAGUUAACUCACUACAAAAUAUAUAUUAAACAAUAAGUUUUAAAUAAAGAUUUAUUUUUAAAUAAAGAGUUAUUACUAGUGUCAAUAUAAAAGAACGGUGAACAUGUUGAAAAAUUAUUGGCAACUGUCGGUCUUCUUAUUUGUGUCCAUUUUCUGCCUAACACAGGCAAAGCCGCAAGAAGUGGUGUUAUAUGAGGGCGAUGAGUGCGUUACAAACAGUUAUGAUGGCAUCUGUUCGGUGGAGAAGCAAUGCCCGCAUUUAGAGGCCACGAUGACUGGAAAAGGUCUGCUGGCCAGAGAUGUUGGCCACUGCGGCUAUACGGUCUACGAGGAAAUCAUUUGUUGUCCUUCAAACAAACCGGAACGCCCAUUAUACAAUAAAUAUUUCGCCCCCUUGGUUAUUCAACAAUCGAUAACAUUAAUUAUCACCUCGACUGCGUUCAUACAAACGGAGAAAAUCGGCGAUCAAUUGCUAUUCAGCCAGUUCAACAUGACACUACUCAAUUAAUAUUAUAAGCAUAUCUUCUCUAUUAUUAAGUAUAAGACCCGAGGUACAUAUAUACACAAACACAUACAUUUGUACCUACAUAUUUACAUAUUAGCAUGAAUACAUAUUCGUUUGUAAUAUCUCAUAAUAGACUGCAAUAAAUUCAUUGUAAUCCAAAAUAGAAAAUUCCCAUGAAA